AUGUUGGAGGGAUUAAACUUGCUACAUGAAGCUCUUGAAGUUGCGAAGAAACAAUUAGAGGAACUUCAGAAAAAGUGUGACAAGGUUCCACCCACGAAAAAUAAACCCAGGAGAGAGUUCACUCCCAUGGGAAUGACCUAUGAUACUACUUUUGAUCGCUUCUGGUGCAUGGUCAAGAUUGACUUGAGGAAGGCCUAUGACUCUGUUGAAUGGCCCUUUUUGCAUACUGUUUUAGAAGAGCUUGGUUUCCCUCAUUCUGUUGUGAAGUGGAUUAUGACUUGUGUCUGUUCUAUUUCUUACUCUGUGAUGUACCUAUCUAGGUGCCUUAAGGAAAUGACUGGGAAUCCUAACUUCAAUUUUCAUCCUAGAUGUGAGAAAUUAGGUAUUACCCACAUGAUGUUUGCUGAUGAUCUUCUCCUUUUUUCUAGGGCUGAUUUCGUCUCUAUUCAGCUUCUCUUGCAGGCUUUCCAGAAAUUCUCUUGUGCUUCUGGUCUGAUGGCUAAUUUAAGUAAGAGUGAGGUUUAUUUUGGAGGCAUCUCUGAUUUUGAUAAAGAUCAGCUGCAAACGUUUCUUGGUAUGAGUAGAGGUAGUUUGCCUUUUAGAUAUCUUGGGGUGCCUUUGUCUUCUAAAAAGCUUACUGUUGCUCAAUAUAGGCCUUUGGUUGAAAGGGUUACUGCUAGGAUUGGAUGCUGGACUUCUAGACACUUGUCUUAUACUGGUAGGUUACAGCUUAUCAAAAGUGUUCUCUUUGGUAUUCAGGCUUAUUGGGCUCAGAUUUUCAUUCUACCUAAGAAGAUUCUUAGGGAAAUUGAAACUAAGUUAAGGAUUUUUCUUUGGACUAGGAAGAACACUUAUGCAAAAAAGGCCCCUGUCUCCUAG